AUGGGUAGUUCGUCGCGUAGCACGAUUUGCCCUACUUCUAUCCUCCAGCAAUACAGCAUUGCUCAAUUACAGCUAUUUUUUAAAAACAACCCAUCCGAACAAUUGGUAUUUGAACAAAUUCAACCAGAUUUCACUCCGAAUGAAGAGCAAAGACAAGUUUUAAAAUAUGUUGAUGCAUCAUUGUCAACAUUUGGAAAAGUAUCAUCUGAGAUUGGUGGCCAAACCAUCCAUUCGCUCCUUCCGAUUGGAUAUUAUAAAAACUCCAACUAUGCAAAACUAGCAAAGAAAAUUAAGAGGUCUCCACAACUUGUAGAAAAGUUUGAAAAAUAUUCAGCGAUUAUUAUUGAUGAGAUAAGUUGCUGUAAUGCCUCAUUAUUUCAGUACCUAAAUCUUGUCUUACAAGUUGCGAAACUCUGCAAAACAAGUUUUGGUGGGUUGCACGUUGUUGUAUGUGGAGAUGCUCUUCAAUUGAAUUGUGUGUGUGCUACGUCAUUGACAUCGCAUUCUAAAAACGUACCUCCUUUCGCUAAAGAAGGAAUCAAAUUAUUUCGAACUUUUCAUCCAGUAUUUGUCCUACAAGUCAAUCAAAGACAAAACGGAGAUGAAGCCUUUCAAGAAUUAUUAAUGCGACUCAGAAGAAAAGUUACCCAAGCCGACGUUGAUUUGUUAAAUUCUCGCAGAGAAUCUGUUUUAUCUAGUGAGGAAUUGGCUAGAUUUGAUCAGGGGCUAUAUAUUUUUCCCCGAAAUAUUUUCACAAGAAUAAAAAACCACGAAUCCUUGAAACAGUUAGGUAAUCCUAUUAUUAGCUUGAAACAAUAUCCAGCAGAGCCAAAACUCGAGGAUUAUGACUGUGACGCAAUUUCAAUUGGAUGCAAAGUAAAGGUAAGACGAAAUUUUGACGUUGCUAAUCGACUUGUGUCUGGAAGUGUGGGGACUGUCGAAGCUAUAAUUUAUGACCCUGACCUCCCUGACCUUCCACUACCAAGCGUUAUACUGCUAUCAGUGCCUAGGUAUCGUGGCCCCACAAUUAAUGGCCUGAUUCCAAUUCCUAUUUCAAAACAAUAUGUACGGGACUACGCUUCAAACGAGAACGUGAAAAUUUAUUAUUAUCCAUUGACCUUAAAUUAUGCUUCGUCCGUCCACUCAUCUCAAGGAGUUACAUUACCAUGUUGUUCUGUGCUUUUGGAUGAUGAUGAAAUGUGCCCAGGAAUAAGCUAUGUUGCAUUAUCACGAGUGCGUGCAUUAUCUGAUUUGAUGAUCUUGGAUAAAGAGGUCUUCCUAGAAAGAUUUCAAACCCGGAGAUUUUUUCAGGGGUUCAGAAAUAUUUUAAAGGAAUACAAAAGAUUGAACAUUUUACAUUUAAUUUUUGGCCCCAAGCCAUUAGAACGCGAUUACUAUUUGAGGGAUUCUGAAGAUGAGUCGGAACCAACUGCCUGA